AUGCACUGCAUGAGCGACCGCAAGGAGGGGUGGGAGAAAGGGACGCUUCUCUGCUUCCACAAUAUGAACUCCAGAAGCCUCUUGGUCUUCGUCUUGUCGAGCCUUGCAUCGCAGGCACUUGGAACCGGACACAUCCAGCCGGAAUGUGACCCCAUCACCGAGUGGAAGAAGAAUGAAAGCGACUGCCUCCGAGAGAUCCAGCAGCGCAGAAAUGAAACAACAGGCUGCCAGGUAUUAUGGGACGAAUUACUCUGCUGGCCAGAUGCAAACCCAGGACAGACUCUCACCUUUGACUGCCCAGGAGUCAUUGUCCACUUUACAAAGAAGAGAGGCUGGGUGAAAAGAAACUGUACAACGCAAGGCUGGACCGACCCAUCUCCGCCAUAUGCUGUCGCUUGUCCGCUGGAAGAGGAGAUCAUCCGUGACGAACAGUUCUACCUGGCAACGGUGAAAACCAUCUACACCAUUGGCUACAGCGUCUCCACCGCCACUCUCACGAUUGCUGUUGUGGUCCUCAUUUCCUUCAGGAGGCUGCAUUGCCCCAGGAACUACAUCCACAUCCACCUCUUUCUUACCUUCAUCCUGAAAGCCAUUGCAAUUUUCGUCAGGGACCUGGUGGUUUUCCAAACGGAAGGCACCGAUUACUGCAGCUUCUCCACGUCCCAGUGCAAGAUCUCCGUGGUUUUCUCUCACUAUUUCAUGAUGACCAAUUUCAUGUGGCUCCUGGUGGAAGCUCUUUACUUAAAUUGCCUUCUGCUCUCGUCCUUUCCCCAUGGAAGAAGAUAUUUCUGGUGGCUCGUUCUGUUUGGCUGGGGUGUGCCAACAUUUUUUACGACUGUUUGGAUCUUGGUUAAAGUGCAUUUUGAAGACACCGCGUGCUGGGACAUAACCGACAACUCUCCUUACUGGUGGCUGAUCAAAGGCCCCAUCAUCUUCUCAGUUGCGGUCAACUUUGGCCUUUUUAUCAACAUUAUCAGAAUCCUGCUGAAAAAGUUGGAUCCUAGACGAAUGAACUUCAGCCACUCCUCUCAGUACAGCAGCUGCGUUCAGAAAUGCUACUGUGAGCCCCACAGGGCUAAUCAACACUCUUGCAGGAUGUCAGAACUAUCCGCCAUUACCUUGCUGUACAUUGGGUCUCGGUUCACUCUGCUCCUUAUCCCACUGUUUGGAAUCCACUACACAGUGUUUGCCUUUUAUCCAGAGAAUGUCAGCAAGAGGGAACGGCUCGUUUUCGAACUUGGCCUGGGAUCUUUUCAGGGCUUUGUCGUAGCUGUACUCUACUGCUUCCUGAACGGGGAGGUGCAAUCAGAAAUAAAGAGGAAAUGGAGGAGCUGGAAAGUCAACCGGUACUUUGCUGUGGAUUUCAAACACCGCCAUCCCUCCCUGGCAAGCAGCGGAGUGAACGGGGGGACGCAGCUGUCGAUUCUGAGCAAGAGCAGCUCACGAUCCGGCAUCGUCGGUGCAUAAACGCCGGGAGAACUCCAUGACGGCGUGGUAGCUUUGAGGGACUUGACUCCACCCCACCCUGGAGAAAAGCGCCUUUGAAAAGAAAAAAAGUCAUAAUUCUGGUGGAGUGGGUUGCUGUGCUUUCUUUUUAACGCACCUCUGUUUUAUUACAAA